UCCUCUAAAGUCAUGCAGUCUGAGGAGUUAUUUAGCAGGAAAUUGAAAGCCUUGAAUGGAAGCAUGGGACCUCCAGCCACUAGUACACAAGGGAAGCCUGAGGCAGGUAGCAAAACCAAUGGGACGCCAGCUAUGCCCAAGAUGGGAGUGAGAGCCAGAGUGUCAGAGUGGCCCCCUAAAAAGGAUGGUUGGGAGGGUCGUGGAGCACCAAACUAUGAAAGUGUUAUAAUGGCUUUUCAGAAUGGGCAACCAGACCAAAGUAUGGACAUCAUUGAGACUCGGGAGGCACCCUUGGAUCCAGAGUAUGCUGAGACAAAAUACUCACUUAGCGACCUUUUGAGUCACUCUCCUUUGAAAGGUCUUCAUCCCAUCAGACAGCGCAGCAACAGCGACGUUACCAUCAGUGACAUUGACGCAGAGGAUAUAGUGGACCAGAAUGCUGUCAAUCCCAACACAGGUGCUUCACUGCACCGGGAGUAUGGCAGCACUUCCUCUAUUGACCGGCAGGGCCUUGGUGGAGAUGGGUUCUUCACAAUGCUUAGGGGUUACCGGGUAGACACCUUGGACCACCGCAGCGCAGCUCCAGUAGGUUUUCCGGAGCUUCUACGCUACGACACCAAUCUCUCUCCUAGUUUACAAACAGCAGCUCAGAUUGCCCGUGGUGAGAUUGUCCGUAUCUCAGGGUACGACUAUGUAGACAGUUCCCUCCUGUACAGCCGCGAGAGGGAGAAAUCCUUCAUGCGCCGACUCAAGUCAGACUCAUCUGAGACAUCGCUCUUCCGGAAGCUGAGGACCAUUAAGAGCGAGCAUGACGGUCUUCGGCUCUCCACGGAGCAGGACGACCGUCGGCCGCUCAGCUUCCAGAAGUGCUUUGCCCACUAUGAUGUUCAGAGCGUGCUUUUUAACAUAAGUGAAGCUGUGGCCAAUCGAGCCAACCUUGGCCAAAGGAAGAACACUACGACAGGGGCCUCUGCUGCCUCGCAGUAUCAAGUCCCAGGGGGUGGAGCAGGGGGUGUUGGGAAUUCCAGUGGAACAGGGCCUGUAUUUGAAUCUCCAAUGGGUAGCCGUGAGGACUUGAACCCCAAAGAGAACCUGGAUGCUGAUGAGGGGGAUGGGAAGAGCAAUAGCUUAGUGCUGAGUUGCCCACAUUUCCGAAAUGAGAUCGGGGGUGAGGGUGAAAGAAGGAUCUCUCUCUCAAGAGCCAACAGCGCCAACUACACUGGUGGAGGAGAAAACUGCUCCUUUGAGUCCUCGCUAAGCUCCCACUGCACCAAUGCUGGAGUGUCUGUGCUGGAGGUACCACGAGAAAACCAGCCGAUCCACCGUGAAAAGGUCAAACGCUACAUCAUCGAGCACAUCGACUUGGGAGCAUACUACUACCACAAAUAUUUCUACGGGAAAGAACACCAGAACUACUUUGGGGUGGAUGAGAACCUUGGGCCAGUGGCAGUCAGUGUGAGAAGAGAAAAAACGGACGAUGGAAAAGAGAAAGAUGGCACACAGUAUAACUAUCGCAUCACAUUUCGAACAAGCCAGCUGACCACCCUUCGUGGAGCGAUUCUGGAGGAUGCCGUACCCUCCACAGCGAGGCAUGGCACCACUCGGGGUCUCCCUCUGAAGGAGGUGCUGGAAUAUGUGGUGCCUGAACUAAACAUCCAAUGCCUGCGUCUGGCCAUCAACUCCCCCAAAGUCCCAGAGCAGCUCCUCAAGCUCGAUGAGCAGGGGUUGAGUUUCCAGCACAAAGUAGGCGUGCUGUACUGUAAAGCAGGACAGAGCACAGAGGAAGAGAUGUACAACAACGAGAGUGCUGGUGCCGCCCUCGAUGAGUUUCUGGACCUACUGGGACAGCGAGUCAGACUGAAGGGCUUCACCAAGUACAGAGCACAGCUGGACAACAAGACGGACUCAACGGGCACACACUCCCUCUACACCACUUAUAAGGACUAUGAGCUGAUGUUUCAUGUAUCUACACUGCUUCCCUACACGCCCAACAACAGACAGCAGUUGUUGAGAAAAAGGCACAUUGGAAAUGAUAUAGUCACAAUCGUUUUCCAGGAGCCAGGAGCUUUACCCUUCACGCCUAAAAACAUCCGCUCCCACUUUCAGCAUGUGUUUGUCAUUGUCAAAGUCCACAAUCCCUGCACUGAAAACGUCUGUUACAGCGUAGCUGUAUCCAGAUCAAAAGAUGUGCCGCCAUUUGGGCCUCCUAUUCCUAAAGGUGUGACCUUUCCCAAGUCAGCUGUCUUCAGGGACUUCCUUCUGGCCAAGGUGAUCAAUGGUGAAAACGCAGCACACAAAUCGGAGAAAUUCCGUGCCAUGGCGACUCGAACGCGUCAGGAAUACCUCAAAGACCUAGCAGAGAACUUUGUGAGUACAGCCACUGUGGAUUCAGCAGUCAAGUUCAGUUUCAUUACUUUGGGAGCCAAGAAGAAGGAACGAGUGAAACCACGUAAGGAUGCCCAUCUCCACAGUGUAGGUGCCAUCACCUGGAGUGUGGUGGCUCGUGACUUUGGCCAGUCUGCUGAUGUGGAAUGCCUAUUGGGUAUAUCCAAUGAGUUCAUUGUACUGAUCGAGGAGGAGUCCAAGAAUGUUGUCUUCAACUGUUCCUGUCGAGAUGUCAUUGGAUGGACAUCUGGAGUCAUGAGCAUAAAAAUCUUCUACGAGAGAGGAGAAUGUGUGAUGUUCUCAGCUCAGGAUAACUGUGCAGAGGACAUCAGAGAAAUUGUUCAGCGACUGGAGAUUGUGACUCGAGGCUGUGAGACGUGUGAGAUGACCCUGCGUAGGAAUGGUCUUGGCCAGCUGGGUUUCCACGUGAACUUUGAGGGCAUCGUGGCAGACGUGGAACCCUUCGGCUUUGCCUGGAAGGCGGGACUACGCCAGGGCAGCAGGCUGGUGGAGAUCUGCAAGGUUGCUGUGGCAACGCUGACCCACGAACAGAUGAUCGACCUUCUGCGAACCUCAGUCACUGUCAAGGUGAUGAUCAUCCAGCCUCAUGAGGAUGGGACUCCAAGAAGGGGUUGUUCGGAGCUCUACCGUAUCCCUAUGGUGGAAUAUAAAUUGGACAGUGAGGGUACACCAUGUGAAUAUAAGACUCCCUUCAGAAGGAACACCACCUGGCAUCGAGUUCCCACCCCAGCCAAUCAGCCCCUGCCCCGUGGGUCACCUACUCAGGGGCCCGACCGACUGCAGUGCCAACAGAUCCUCCAGCAUGCACAGGUGUCAAUCCCACGAAGCACCUCUUUUGACAGGAAGCUGCCAGAUGGAUCAAGCCAACACUACCGCAGCUCCCCCAGUAACCAGUCCUCCUCCAGUGAUCCCGGGCCCUGCGGGAGUGGAACCUGGGCUCAGCAGCCAGGAUAUGAUGGGAGUCAGUCGCCAGUGCUUCAGGACCACUCUGGCGACGCUCCGGUUGGGGCUGGAGAUGGAGUGGGGCUGAGGGAAAGAGAACCCACACUGGAAAGGACCAGAUCUGCAGAGGCCAAAUGGCAUAUUCCCUCCACGAAGAUCCUCAACUCCCUAAAGGAGAGGGGUAAAGACUCGCCCAACAAGCUGACCCGAGGUGGAGAUAAGAACUCCAGCCACUCCAGCAGCAACACCCUGUCAAGCAAUGCCUCUAGUAACAGUGAUGAUAAGCACUUUGGUUCUGGUGAUCUGAUGGACCCUGAGAUGCUGGGUCUCACCUACAUCAAAGGGGCCUCAACGGACAGCGGCAUUGACACUGCCCCCUGCAUGCCACCUCCCCCGGGCGUGGCCGGAUCGGUCGUGGCCCGAACCGUUCUACAGGCCAGGGGAGGGGAUCAGGGGCACCCCUGGACAGCUGAACACCCCGAGGAGGGGCCUUUGGAAGAGGAACAUGGCAAAAUCUACAUACCCCAGAGUUACGUUGCUGCCAUUGCCGCCAGUCACGUGACAGAGGGAAGCAUAGGGGACCUGAGUGAAAUAUCCUCCCAGUCCAGUGGGUCCCAUCACUCAGGCAGUCCCCGGGCCCGUGGUUCCAAACUCACCGCUUCACCAGAGUCCUCCAGGGGCCACAGGGGCCCUGAGAACACAUCUGGGCCUGGACCCAGUACAGAGAGCCAAUCCCAGAACCGCCACAAGAAAACAGACGACAAACCCACACCAGAGGAGCCUCCUAACCUGUCAGAGUGUGGGCAGCUGUACGCGGCAGAGGCAGCAUGUCGAAUGCAACCGGCAGAGAGGGAGGGGCAGCUCCAGACAGGCAUGUCGAAAGAGGAGUACCUGAAAAUGAUGCUGGCGGACAGUCCCCCGGGAGAAGAAGGAAGGAGGAAGAUGUCAGCGGCUGGCAGCUUGUCACCACGGCGAUCACUCUACCGGACCCUUUCAGAUGAAAGCGUGUGCAGUAAUAGGAAGGGCUCGUCCUACGCCAGCUCACGGAGCUCCAUGCUGGACCAAGCGCUGCCCAACGACAUCCUGUUCAGUACUACACCCCCUUAUCACAGUACGCUGCCCCCGCGCAUGACCCACAACCAGGCUGGACCAGGCCUCAGGAAUGAGUUCUGGUACUCUGAUGGCUCCCUGGCAGACAGGUCAAAGUUCAGCGACCCAGGCCUCAUGCCACUUCCUGACACUGCCACAGGCCUGGACUGGUCUCACCUUGUUGACGCUGCAAGGGCCUUUGAAGAUCAGCGCGUGGCUUCCUUCUGCACUAUGACGGACAUGCAGAGAGCAGAGGCUCUGCAGAUAUCCCAGGAGCUCACCAGACGCGUGGCGGCCGCGGAGGGCGCGGCACUGGAAGCGGGUGAAAGCUCUCCUUCCACACUCACAGGCAAAGUGAAUCAGCUGGAGGUGAUCUUGAGACAGCUACAGCAUGACCUGAGAAAGGAGAAAGAGGACAAAGCCAUCCUCCAGGAAGAGGUGCAGCACCUGAGGCAAGACAACAUCCGUCUACAGGAGGAGAGUCAGACUGCUGCAGCCCAGCUGAGGAAGUUCACAGAGUGGUUCUUCCACACCAUCGACAAAAAGCCCUGA